UUCGUACAGUGGACUGUGAUCACAGAAGGUGACAUGUCGUGGAUAGUUCUAUACGCAGUCCUUCACCUCUAUGCUACAGUUAUCCGUUCAUCUGGAAUAACACCGCAUCCAUUUGUAAAGGAUGAGGUUGGUUCUUUUCUCAAAAACGCACCCUGGCAACACACGGAGAUGACGGGAUCUUUGAGUGGGGGACCAAUGGUUCUCACUGUGAAGUCCAAGUACAAGCUUGAUGGAGGACUGGUGUUCUCUAAGAAAUUCCCUAGUCAACAAAAAUUCAAAGACUGCUCAGAUAUAUUGAGGAAGGAACCGUACAGACGGAACAGAGAUGGCGUGUACACAAUAUAUCUGAGUAAUGGAGUCAAGAGACGAAUAUUCUGUGACAUGGCAACAGACGGAGGGGGUUGGACGGUAAUACAAAGAAGAUUUGAUGGUAGCACAGAUUUUCAAAACAAAUCCUGGAAAAAGUAUGCUGAAGGGUUUGGACAUCCUGGUCAUGAGUACUGGUUUGGUAACGAUGCCAUUCAUGAUUUAACAAAGGCUGGAAAUAUAAAAUUAAGGAUUGACUUAGAGAAAUUCAACGGUGACAAAGGAUAUGUGCAGUAUACAACAUUUAAAGUUGGAAGCAAGUCUGAGAAGUACAAGCUGACUGUAGGAGGUUUUAAAGGAUCGCUUGGCAUGAAAGAUUCCUUCAGUUACCAUAACGGAAUGGCAUUUUCUACGGCCGACAAUGACAACGACAGAUAUAGCAAGAAUUGCGCCCAGAUGUAUGGAGGUGGCUGGUGGUACAAUUCCUGUCACCAAUCUAACCUGAACGGAAAAUACUACCAGAAGCAAGCUCCCACUGCUCUCUCUAUAUCCUGGCUCUACUGGAAGGACACAUCAGAAUGGAAUUCGUUGAAAUCUUCCAAAAUGAUCAUCAAAUCAAAAUAAAAGAAAGAAAAUACGAGACGAUUAAACUAGUAAAAGUCUCAUUAAGGUCUUCCAUUUCCAACAGAAGACCUUGUACUGAUUCUGAUGGUGAUUCUUCACUAUUGUUAUUCUUCUUCUAGACGUGUUUUAAACCUUGAUAACCUUUUUGUUUUUCGUCUGAUUUCAUUCACAUUUUCAGGGUGUAUUGUAAAUUAUAUUAAGUUUUUAAGUCACAAAAAGAUUAGAAAUCGUAACUUCCAGGUUCGAGUUAUUCCCCUUUUUUAAUACUUUAGGGGCAUUCGUUUCCGGACAAAGGCUCCGAAAUGGUUCGUAGCAAAUAAUCCAAAGUUUGAAAAUUUUAAAGUUGACACUUUGAAUGUUGUCCUCUGAUAUUUGUAUUUUAGUUUUUCCCAAUUUUACUACUUGAAUUAAAUAUCGAAAUCUAUGUUUUAAAAAUUGCUAAUUUUUACUCAUAUUUUUGCUUCGUAUCUUUUUAG